ACGAGGGGAUUCGAUAGAAAUCAUGAAGUUCGUGGUUUUAUAGGAGAUCCUUUCGAAAUCCAAACUCUUCUUCCUGUGAGUUACAACAAAAUUGUCACAGAUUCAGGCAUUUAUCGUAUUCCUGCAACAGGCAACUAUUCGACAGCGUUAUUCCAAUGUCAAAUUUCCCUGGAUGACAGCGGACGUCGCAUACUAAAGCUCAGAGGCAUUAUGUCUGGGAGAUUGACUCGUCUUUACUUUCUCUCGCAUCUAGACCUCAUCCCAAUAACUCUCUUUUUCUUUAAUGACAACAAGUGGUCAGAUACUUCCUACGGCACCUUCGACCCAACUUACUCCACACCCAUUGCUCGCAAGGUUCCAAGGAAUGCUACUGUUGUUCUUCAAUGUCUCAUUAAUGGAUGGUCACCUGCAUUUUCACUGUAUACAUCAAUCAACAAAACCCUGUACUUCAGCACUACCAGACUUGGAUAUACAUGGGAAAACAAAACCGCUGAUUUUCCACAUAUUCGUAGCGUUGAGCAUGCCUACAACGGAAAUCGUCUCAUAAAUAUCACGGUGACAAAGAAUGAAUCCAUUGACUACUACACAUGCAACAGAGACUACUACUGGCUCACCCAUGUCAUCUACUGGGAUGAAACCGAAAGCGUCAACCUCGGAAUGAUUGCAGGAAUAGUAGUCGGAAUUAUCUGCGGAGUUCUUCUCAUAAUUUUCUGCUCCCUUUCCAUAUGGAGAUUUAUCCACAAGCCCACCGAUGGAAAGCCUAAAGACACAGAAAGGUUUUUUUAA